ACAGAACAAAACAGAACAGAACACACUUCUCCUCUUCUUUUUCAUUCUGUUAUCCAAUUAGCUAAAAAUAUAAUGGAUACUCUUCCAAAAUGCGAAGCAAACUUCACCGCACUGACCCCUCUAACUUUCUUGACGAGGGCAGCUGCAUGCUAUGCCAACAGACCCUCCAUCAUCCAUGAAGGAACCCGUUUCACAUGGUCACAAACCUACCACCGCUGCCGCCGCCUCGCUUCCUCCCUGCGUGCCCUCAAUAUCGCUAACAAGGACGUCGUCUCAGUGCUGGCACCUAACAUCCCAGCAAUGUACGAGAUGCAUUUCGCAGUUCCCAUGGCGGGAGCAGUGCUCAACACCAUCAACACUCGUCUUGACGCCAAGAACAUAGCCGCCAUUCUCAAGCACUCGGAAGCCAAAGUCUUCUUCGUGGACUACGAGCUUGUCCCCAAGGCGCGGGACGCCCUGAGAUUACUCGUAGGACAAACCGAACCAACACAAUACGCAUGUCUUCCUCUAGUCAUCGUCAUAGACGACAUAAAUUCCCCCACGGGGAUCCGCCUGGGCGAGCUGGAAUACGAGCAAAUGGUUCGGCAAGGCGAUCCAAACUUUGUGGUGGAUGAAAUCCAUGAUGAAUGGUCUCCAAUCUCGUUGAAUUACACAUCGGGAACAACCUCAGAGCCCAAAGGAGUUGUGUACAGCCACAGGGGUGCGUAUCUGAGCACCCUGAGUUUGAUUCUGGGUUGGGAAAUGGGUAGUGAGCCAGUUUACCUCUGGACUCUGCCUAUGUUCCAUUGUAAUGGGUGGACCUUCACAUGGGGAGUGGCAGCACGUGGGGGAACUAAUGUUUGUCUUAGAAACACUGUGGCAUCUGACAUAUACACAAACAUUGUUCUCCACAACGUCACACACAUGUGUUGCGCUCCAAUUGUCUUUAACAUCCUCCUCGAGGCCAAGCCCAGCGAGCGCCUCCACUUCAAGUCCAAGGUGGAGAUAUUAACCGGCGGCGCGCCCCCGCCGGCUUCCCUUCUUGAAAAAGUGGAGUCCCUUGGGUUCCAUGUGACACAUGCCUACGGCCUGACGGAGGCGACAGGGCCCGCUUUAGUGUGCGAGUGGCAGAAAAGAUGGAACCAGCUUCCAGUACAACAGCAGGCGGAGCUAAAGGCAAGACAGGGCGUCAGCGUGGUCACAAUGGCUGACGUGGACGUCAAGAAUCUAGAAACAAUGGAGAGCGUGCCGCGUGACGGGAAAAGAAUGGGGGAGAUUAUGCUUAGGGGAAGUGGCAUAAUGAUGGGAUACUUUAAGGACGCUAAAGCAACCUCAAAAGCUUUCGAGAAUGGUUGGUUCAGAACCGGAGAUGUGGGUGUAAUUCACCCUGAUGGCUACUUGGAAAUCAAGGAUAGGUCAAAGGAUGUGAUUAUCUCGGGAGGCGAGAAUAUAAGCAGUGUGGAAGUUGAGAAGGUUCUGUACGGACACCCGAGGGUGCUGGAGGCUGCGGUGGUGGCAAUGCCGCACCCGAGGUGGGGUGAGAGUCCUUGUGCCUUUGUUUCACUCAAGAAGAAUCCUUCUGGGAAAAAAGAUCAUGUCACUCAGGCUGAGGUAAUUGCUUACUGUAGGAAGAAUUUGCCGCAUUUUAUGGUUCCUAAGGUGGUUAAGUUCUUGGACGAGUUGCCCAAGACGGCCACCGGCAAGUUUCAGAAGGUUCAGUUGAGGGCCAUGGCCAAACAGUUUGUGGUGCCGCCGGAGAAUGAGCAGCAGCAGAACAAGCCCAAGAAGUCAACGAGUCAGGUCAAUAACAACAAUAAUAAUAAUAAUAACAUUGAGCAGGUUUUAGCUGUUUCUCGUCUUUGAAUUUGGGAAAUUUUAAGAGUUACUGUAUGUAUAACCGAGAAAUAUUGGGCCAUUUUGCAUGUAUUAUAAUGUUUUUUAAGAAUUUCA